AUGGGCUCGGUGGCCAGCACUCAGACAUACGUGGUUCAGGUCUAUCCUCAUAUCGAGGUGGAGGCGCAGGCGCAGCCUCAUGAGCUUAUGGUGUCUGAGGACUCGAGCAUGCAGGAGCUAGAGCUCUCCAACACUGUGUCGAGUCAGAGCAGCGUGCCACCGUCACCGAUCACGAGCCCCAGCAGCCCACCCUUAUUUCAGCAUUCUGAGAUGUCCAACCAGAGCAGAUUGCCAGCGUCAGAACCGAUCAAGAGCCCGCGUUUAUUUCAGCAGUCUGAGAUGUCCCAGCAAAGCAGAUUGUCAGCAUCGGAACCGAUCAAGAGCCCACGCUUGCUACAGCUGUCUGAGACUUCGUCGAAGCAGGGCACGAUCAGGAGUGAGACUUCGUCACAGCAGAGCAGCCAACAACCGGCAGAACCGAAAACCAGCCCACGCUUGCUGGAUCCCUCCCUGACCGCGAGCACUGGGUCUGGUUCUUCCCUUCGAGAUGUCAUGGGUCAGGCUCUUACAGACUAUGCAUCCUUGACCAAGAGUGAGAGGCACAACAGUCGCAGAUAUUCCGAAGUGGACAUGGCCAUGGUGCGAGGGAUCUCCUUGCGAAGCUCGCUUCGAGGGCUUGGCCGCUUGUGGCGCUACAAGGCAAGCUGGAAGCCUCAGGAACGGGCGGCGCUCUACGAACUCUCUUCUCCGGCGAUGUCUUUCAAAGUCUUUGUUUCGCAUACAUGGCAGACUCCUGGCCGCUGGAAGAUUCUUGGGCUCAGCCUACAAUGUGGCUGGAGGAGCGCUCUUGGCUUCUGGUUCAUGGCCGUGGUCGUGUCGUUUGCUUUGUGCGCCCUGGACAUCCUCCCCAUGCCCUUCAGCUACGAGCCAACGAUGGCUGUCUUCCCCGAAACCUAUGCAAUGGGUUUCUGGGUUGUGCCGAGUGGUAUGAUUGCAACGCUAGUGGGUUUAGUAGCAGCUCCUUACUGGCCUGAGAGAUGCAGCGGUUCAGACACCAGCUUCAUCGAUGUGGCAAGCAUCCACCAGGUGGAUCGGAGGCUCAUGGAGAAGGGAAUCUAUGGAAUCGCCGGCUUUCUGAGGAUUUCCCAAGAGCUUCGGAUUCUCUUCUCCGCGCCAUACUUUUCCAGGCUUUGGUGCGUCUUUGAGGUGGCUGCCUAUAAGAAGCUCAAUCCUCAAGGCACGAUCAAGUUCAAACCGGUCUUUGUAGAAGCAGUCGUCGUUGGGCUGCUGCUGUCGGCAUACUGCUUCAGCUUUAUCUUCAUGACGUGGCGGAUCCUGGAUGCAGACGGGCUUGAAGCUAAUGCCUGGGUGUUUGCAGCUUUUGCUUCUUGGUUUGUCCCACUGGGCAUUGCCACCUACGGGCUCAGAAUCAUCUUCCGAGAGAAGUAUCGUCUCCUCUCAGAGCUCGAGGACUUUGAUCUGGACUACGUGCAUUGUUCCAAGCAGUUUGACCGAGACUUUAUCCAUGCAGCCAUCGUGAAGUGGUAUGGAAGCAAGGCCAAUUUCACCACCUAUGUCAGGUGCGGCCUGAAGGAUGAACUGGCGACCAGCCUCUUUGCCGCCAGGAUGCCGCACGAGUAUCUGCUGCUGAUUCUGACACCCUUUCUGGGCCUUUGUUUUGAAAUGCUCUUGGCAAUGUGGAAGAGCGGCGUUCCUCCUGAGCAGCUUAUGGCUUUCCUUUUGGCCGCUGUGCUAGGCCUGGACAUUUUCUGGUUUGGCUCAAGCAUGGUGCUUCUGGUUUGUCUGUGCGACUACUUGGCAGUACGCCGUUUUGGCUGUUGCGACCACUUGCAGACAUUUGCAAUUAUCUUGGCAGUGGCCGGUUUGAUAGGCGGAGGAACUCAGCUCUGCGUUUAUGCGUGUCAGAGCCUGGAUGUAGCUUUGCUGUACCUUGGCGCUACAAUGCUGAUGGCUCUGUCCGUCUGGUGGCUGGAGGGGAAGGCUUGCAGCUGCCCUGUGGGCCACGCGAGAUGA